AAAAAAUCAGAAGGCACCCCGAAGGCUGGUGAGACAAUAAAUUAAGUUUUAAUAAUUUCCGAAUUAUGUAUGGGUAUGAUUUGUAGGCAUACAACAUCAAGAGAAAAGGAGCUCAUCUACAUCAUUUACUCCGAGUGCCAAACAAAAAAUUGGAGAGGCUAUUACAGAAGAAUAUGUACAAGAAGAUGAUGGGGGAUCAACAACUUCGAACAACCAAGCUGAUAAUGUUCCCAAAAUACCUUCAACGGCAAGAAGCAUAGCUCAACUGAUGCAGGACAGUAUCACCCAACAGCCUCCUCUUUUUUUGAUGCCUUGGGAAAGUUCAACUUACAUCUUACAAAAGAACUCUGUAACCAUUGAGGAAUUUCCAUCCAAUGAAAUCCUUAAGAUCAUUAAUCCCGCUGUGAACGGUGGAGAUACAUAUGAGAAAGCUGUUCUACAAAAUACUGACUUCACGUCAAAACCCUCAAAUACUAUAGAGGAUGAUUUUAUGCUUUCUGAAUGUGAGAGUGACCCGUUUGCCACCAGUGAUGAUAGCAAUGACAUGGAGUAUAUACCAACAUUAAGGAAAAACUCAACUCACAGUAGAGAUCCAGAUGAUAUCGAAAACUCAUCAGAACAUGAUGAUAAAAAUGAGCCGAUGAAAACCAAAAAAAAUACACGGAAGAGACAGAGGAAUCCGGGUGAAUGGAGAAGAAAUGAAAUAAAGAAGCUGCACAGUGUUCAAAAAAAUGGGUAG